AUGGCGUUCUUUCCAUGGGCAUUUGGCAAGAGCCUGAUCGACCCGUUCAUCUCAAGCAGUGUCUUCGAUCCUUUUGUCAAUCUGCCCUCCUUCAGUCUGCUGGACAGGUCUUUCACUCCUCUCGACAAAGAUGUGAGUGCAGUGGCGAACACUAGCGUGGACUGGGAGGAGACUCUCGAGGCACAUGUCUUCAAAGCAGAUCUUCCUGAUGACGGAACUUUAAGCAUUAGUGGAGAGCGCAGCAAUGAGAAAGUGGACGAGAAGGACUCGUACCGGCGAACAGAAGGAACAUUCGGAAAAUUCUUCCGACAAUUUAAACUACCAACAAGUGCGAAGGCUCAAGAGAUUUCCGCUAAGGUUGAGAACGGAGUUUUAAUAGUGACUGUUCCAAAGACAGAGGAGUCGAGAAAAAAGUCCAAAUUCGAAAUGUGGAAUUCUCAAGUUAGAGAUGCAUUGCAUCAAUGGACCAUAUAG